UACAAAGGCAAUGCCAGGCCUGGUCGUAUUUAUAAAUUUACUAAUUCAAUUACUAUUUAUACUCGUACCAGUGGCUGAGGGGCGAUAUGCGGACAAAUAGGUUUUAGGCUAUCUAAGCUCGCUCUUAAGCUUCGUAAGGUGAGGAAACAUUAUACCUUAUUAUUUCGCGUAGCAUGUGUAAAUCCCGCUCUCGGCUUGCCUUGUCAGAUCAGCAACCUGAACUCCAGGCCACCGAUUUAAUUCGUACGCAUCAUGUACACAGCCUUGCUGGUGCAUUCUCGACGUCCUGUAAGUCUAAAUUGCCUUUUAUAAAAAAUAUUCCUUCACCCCCUCGAUCAUCAACUUGAAUACCUUCCAUGCCAAUAGUUAUUGUUACAAGUCCCCCGGUAAAUACCCAGAAGAUUGUUCAUAGCGACGCAACAACACAGCC